AUGACUGGAUCAAUAUAUGGACCCGAGAACCCUUAUGAUGACCCAGACAUUGAAACUAGCUGGCGAAGGAAGUUCGUACCCGGCAUCAAGCACCUUUUGUACAGUCCCUUCCCGUUCUUAACGGCACGCAAAGCGAUGCGCGCGAGAAGUCGGGUUAUCGCCGCUUUCCGAAAGUACUUUGCAAAAGGUGGUCACCUGGAAGCGUUUCCAAUGGUCGCUGAGAUGCAUCGCAUGAACAUGGGCCAUGGCCUCUCUUCAGAUGAAGCGGCCAAGAUGGAGAUGGCAACCUCGCUUGCUAUGCUCAGCAGUGGCGCCGUAACCGUGUUCUGGCUCAUAUUCCACAUCCUUUCCAACGAAAAUGCCGUACGAAUCAUUCGCGAGGAGCUGCAUGCCGUUGCAAGUGACGAGUCCGAGACAAGCGAUACGGCCCCUAAGACGCGAGUUUUCAAACUCAACAGCAUCAAAGAACAAUGUCCUACUCUUGUGGCAAUGCUCCACGAGACCCUACGCUACCACAGCACUGUCAUCAACAUAAAGCAGGUUCAGCAGGACACGAAGCUAGCCGACCAAUACCUCUUUAAGAAGGACGCUGUUAUCAUGAUACCGGGCCAAAGCAUUCACCACAACACCGACAUCUGGGGUUCAAGCGCAAUCGUAUUCGACCAUACCCGCUUUCUCUCCGCAUCUUUCAAGAAGAAUCUUGCCAGUACAUCAGCAUUUCGACCUUUCGGGGCUGGUGCAACCAUGUGUCCAGGUCGUCAUUUCUCUACCAAUGUGAUCCUCAGCUUAGUCGCAAUGGUUGUACUGCAGUAUGACGUUUUGCCGGCAGCCGGACAGUGGGCAGCUCCGACGAAGCGCAAUGCAGAUUUGUGGAACGCGAUGCCGAAGCCGGACUGGGAUGUGAAUGUCAAGUUGGUGAAGAGGGCAGAGGAGAAGACUGAGUGGAAGUUCGUCUGGGAUGAUACGAUGCAAGUAUAA